UGCAUGUCUGCGUCCAUGUGUUAACUUGAGUUUUGCAACAAAUAGCUAGUGAGUUAUUACCGUUGUCAUACAGUAAAUAUCUAAAAUCAUCAAAUACAGCUACAUUUUAAGUUGUCAACUUGGGAAAGUGCGCCGCAGAGAAGGACUGAGAAGUGCCCUAUGCUGAUCAUUACCGCUCGGCUACUCCCCCUCUUAACUGUACCCUUCACCCACCAGAGGAUUCUAAGGACAGUUGGCAGUGUUGCCUACAGGGGACUGAGAACCAUGGAGCCCCUCAGGGCCCCUCAGGAUCCACAAGUUAACACCACCCUGUCUGGGGUAGACACCAAGCCUCAGCCCCCUACUUCUGGAGCCCCAAUGGAGGGCUUGAACCCAACUCCAGCUGCCUCAACACCUGACCAGGAGAUGCCCCCGACAACGGGGUUGUUGCCAGGGGAGACAGUUGUCAGGGAGGGCAAAGCGGCCAUAUUGUUUCCCAGUGCCAACGAGGUGUUUUACAACCCUGUGCAGGAGUUCAACAGAGAUCUGACGUGUGCGGUGGUUACAGAGUUUGCCCGGGAGCAGAUGUCCCGGAGGGGGGUGAAGGUGGUAGUGCCAGGGGAGAAGAAGAGGGUGGUGGUCAAUCUAGCUGACGAGGAGAAAGAGACAGACAUGCAGACAGGGGAGAAGAAGAGGGUGGUGGUCAGUCUAGCUGACGAGGAGACAGAGAUGCAGACAGGGGAGAAAGGAGGAGAGGAGCCAGUCGUAACUGCUUCAGUGGGGGAGCGCUGUCAGAAUGGUCUGCGUGUGUUGGAGGGUCUGGCAGCGUCUGGCCUACGCUCUGUGAGGUUUGCUCUGGAGGUGCCUGGUCUAUCUAGCGUCACGGCUAACGACUUCUCAGCCAAGGCUGCUGCCCUCAUCGCCCGCAAUGCCCAGCACAAUGGGGUCACACACCUACUGCAGGCCAGCCAGAGAGACGCCAGCAUGCUGAUGUAUGAGAUGCGGGGGAAGAAGGACCGCUAUGAUGUCAUAGACCUGGACCCCUACGGAAGCCCCGCCCCUUUCCUGGAUGCCGCCGUCCAGGCCGUCGGUGAAGGAGGUCUGUUGUGUGUGACGUGUACUGACAUGGCUGUGAUGGCUGGUAACAGUGGGGAGACCUGCUACAGCAAAUACGGCUCUGUCUCCAUCAAAGCCAAGUACUGUCAUGAGAUGGCUCUGCGUAUCAUCCUGCAUAGUCUGGACCAGAGAGCUAAUGUGUACCAGCGGUAUAUCCACCCUCUGCUCUGUGUCAGUGUGGACUUCUACAUACGAGUGUUUGUCAGGGUACACACUGGACAGGCCAUGGUCAAAAACUCAGCAAGUAAACAAGCGUUGGUGUAUAACUGUGUAGGCUGUGGGUCGUUCCACUUACAACGACUGGGCAAGAGGACGACUCAGGGAAAACAUAUAAAGUACUCUGCAUCCACUGGACCGCCGGUCGGAGCAGAGUGUGAACACUGUGGACACAGACACCAGCUGGGUGGUCCUAUCUGGGGUGAGGCCCUCCAUGACGUGAGCUUCGUUCAGAAGGUUCUAUCUGCCGUGUCUGGGAACCCGUCCCGCUUUGGAACCGCCCGUCGCAUAGAGGGCAUGCUCAGCAUGGUCACAGAGGAGCUGGAGGAUGUGCCUCUAUACUACACGUUGGACAACCUGAGCAGCACAGUACACUGCAGCACUCCCCCUCUGCUCCAAUUCAGGUCGGCUCUGCUUCAUGCGGGCCACAGGGUGUCUUUGUCUCAUGCCUGUAAGAAUGCUCUAAAGACGGACGCUCCUCCCAGGGUCCUCUGGGACGUCAUGCGAUGCUGGGAACAGUCUAAUCCAGUGAAGAGAGAUAGACUGUCAGAGAGCAGCCCUGCUCACCACAUCCUCAAUACUGAACCCAUUCUACAAGCAUGUUUUGAUGUGAGGGAGGAUGCCAAUCCCCAGUCCCGCCGUCGUCACCUCACCCGCUUCCAGGAGAACCCUGAACCUUUCUGGGGGCCCAAGGCCCGCGCCAAUGCUGGUGGUGGAGGUAUCUCAUCCGACCUGGAGGACAGGAGGAAACAGGGUCAAAACAAGAGGAAGAACCAGAUCACAGACGCCACCCAGCUUAAGAGCUUCCCCUGCAAGAGGUUCAGGAAGGGGAAAUGCACACACGGUGAAAAAUGCUGUUACUCCCAUGACCCGCAACAGACUGACAAGAUGGAGUGAUGGUGGAGCGAGUCCUUCCUCCUCUCUUUUCUUCCCUCCCACUUGGUAUCCUCAUGUCCAGCUCAGCAGAAUCUGUCCACUGUAAGGUAUACUGGACACAAUCAUGGCUAAGCAACCAGGUGAAACUCCAGGCCCCAGACAUAACUAACGUUGAACUCCGGUUAUGACUCCGGGGUGAAGUUUGCCCCUUGGUACAAAUCUAGGAUCAGCUCUCCCUCCCCCAAUCCUCUACAUUACCAUUAGUGGGGAGAAUGCAAAACUGACCCAAGAUCAGCAUCUAUGGGCAACUUCAUUCCACAACAUUAUGGGAUGUCUAGUUAGCCCUGUAUUGGAAAUCCACAUAUUGGCUUCAUACUGAAGUGAAGCAUCAGUUAUGUUUUAUUUAUGACUGUUGUGACAGUCUAAUGCAAGUGUGGAGAAUUCAUUUGUUCUGGUGAAAAAUAGCUUUUACUGAUGGUUCAUUUUUAUAACAACUUGUAUAAUUUCCUAUGUGCUUUGACUUCCAUUGUAAUCAUGUGGAGGAAUGGGUGAGUGAAUACACACUGGGUUUAAUAUCAGCUGCACAUUGAUCACUAUGAUUUAACACAAAAGCUGUGUUUACACAAGCAGUUCAAUUCUGAUCUUUUGCCACUAAUUGGUCUUAUGACCAAUCAGAUUGGAUCUUUUGCCCAUAAUUGGGCUGCCUGUGUAAAUGCAGCCUAAACCACUCAUUUUUAAAAAGGCAUUCAAUUACGAAAGGCGCAUUCGAGAUGAAUAAAAAUCACUUAUGGCACAGAAUAUUCACUCAGCAUUGUAGAAAAUAUAUAUUGGUAACAGGUGUGUGUGAAUAGUUGGUCACUAACAUAUCAACAAUAAGUAGUUCUGGAAAAUGUCUUUGAAAUGGAAGGUUGUGGUUUUGGCACUAAUAUUACAAUAAAGGGAUUGUUCUUAUGCUUCAA